GAAGCGCAUACACUUCUUUCUCUACUUUCUCCCUCCACGGGAUUUUCUCGAUCUUCUCUUGCUCUGGUGGUUAUCGACAUUCGACACUCUUUGUCCAGCGAAUCCUCAGCAGCCGGUCGUCGACGAAUCAAUCCACUGACGAGCAGUAGCUCCGCGGGAACGGAGCGGGAAGAGAGAAGGCGAUGCCCGGUGGUUGUGGCGUCAGAGCUCUGUGGAUCCUCAACAGCUUCGACGCCGUGGUUUUCUCCAGGAAGUUUCCGGUGGUGGAGAGACGGUGGAAGGCCGCUUGCAAGGCCGAAGGCGACAACUCGGCCGGAGACCAUGCGGAUACGGUUAAGUGCGCUUCAGCUCCGUUUCUUCCAAAUGAUUCAGAACUCGCAGCCGCAUUUGCAGAACGGAAGGGGAGGGAAGGAUCGCCUAGAGGUUUUGGGAUUAGGCUGGCACAGUCGACCCAAGGCUCGGAUUCUUGGGUUGAUGAUCCGAUUACACGACAUGUGAUAAGCCUGCAAAUUGGCGGAGAAGGGGGAGGAGAGAAUAAACUUUUGUUGUGGCCAUUGAUUCUGCACUUGAAGGGUACUUAUUCUAUACUCGUUUUGCCACUCGUUGAGCCUAAGCAUCUGAAGGCUUAUGCGAAAUUGUGCUCGAAGCCUGGUUGUGGGGAUACGGUUGGGGAAGAACCAAGUUUGUCCAGUCUCCUGCUUGAUCUCCCUUCCAUCACAGGGGCAUUCAUGGUGGCCCAUGCCAUUGGCGACAUUAUUACUGGUGAUGUGGUGGAACCUGAGGUGGUUGUUAGUGCUUCUCCAUCUGUGGGAGGACUGUUGGAUUCAUUGACUGGGAGCAUAGGCAUAACAGGUAUUGCAGCUAGGGCUAAACCUGUGGCUGCACCAGUUGCUGCUGCCACCCCUUCAGGCACUGCUGCUGCUGGAUCCAUUGCAUCUGAUGCUCCAAAAGCUGGGUCCAAACCUUUGGAUAAAGAUGUGCUUCGAUAUUUCAUAAACAGUGCAAUGCCCUUCGGUACUCCCUUGGACCUUAACUAUCUGAAUAUAUUUUCUAUCAAGGCCAACGGCUUUUCUUCAUCAGACUUGCCUCCAGCAGAUGUCAAGCAGCCAGCGUGGAAGCCAUAUCUUUACAAAGGGAAGCAAAAGAUACUUUUCACUGUUCAUGAGACAAUAAAUGCUGCUAUGUACGAUCGGGAUGACAUCUCAGAUACCAUAUCAGUAGCCGGACAAAUCAAUUGCCGAGCAGAGUUGGAUGGGUUACCUGAUGUGUCACUACCUUUGACAGGCUUAAACAAGAGUAAUGUUGAAGUUUUGUCCUUUCAUCCAUGUGCUCAAGUUCCUGAGCAUGGUAUGGAUAAGCAGAGUGUGAUGUUUUCUCCUCCGAUGGGUAAUUUUGUUCUAGUCCGUUAUCAAGCUAGUUGUAGACGGGACCCUCCUGUAAAGGGAUUUUACCAGCUAUCAAUGGUCUCUGAAGAUGAAGGUGCAUUUUUGUUUAAGCUGCACUUAAUGGAAGGAUAUAAGAGUCCUUUAGCAAUGGAGUUCUGUACGGUAACAAUGCCAUUUCCUAGGAGAAGGGUUGUUUCUAUUGAUGGGACCCCCUCUAUUGGGGUUGUUUCAAACACUGAGCACUCUGUUGAAUGGAAAAUCAUUGUGAGCGGGCGGAGUCUCUCUGGGAGAAGCAUCGAAGCAACUUUCCCUGGGACAGUUAAAUUCGCCCCCUGGCAAAUUCAGAGGCUACCAUCCUCUAAGUUGGGCUCUCGGAAUAUCGCUGAUGAGGACAGUGAUGUUGAGGCAGAUAAUACAAACAAUAUGGUGAAUGUGGACGAAUUCCUGAUGGAGAAAAUGAACAAGGAUCUUCCUCCAGUUGAUCUGGAAGAACCAUUUUGCUGGCAAGCAUACAAUUAUGCUAAGGUAUCGUUCAAGGUGACUGGAGCCUCAUUGUCAGGGAUAUCAAUCGAUCCAAAAUCCGUGAGCAUCUAUCCAUCUGUUAAAGCCCCGGUGGAGUUCUCAACUCAGGUUACUUGCGGUGAUUACAUUCUGUGGAACACGUUGGGGAAGUGUCCAGCUGCUACCUAGUCCUUCAAAAUGUUUGAAAUGUUGUGAUGAUAUCUGGAAGAACAAGUGUGAUGUCUUUGCUUGAACCUCAGCCCUUCCUCAGCAGGCGAUGGAUCAAUCGUUUCAGCUUCCUUCUUUCCUUCUCAGGUUAUUUCCGACACAGUGCUCGUAGAUACUAGGUUACCCUGUUGUAUACAUAGACGGCAUAUGAUUUUGAGACUGCAGUUUGGUUGAGAUUCCUUCCUGAGUUUUGCGAUUCCAGAUUCCGGCAAAUCGACUGUUCUUCUUUCAAGUUGGCUCUGUUAACAAUGUUAUGUUUUUCGACGAAGUUCUGGAGUCGAAUCAGUCCGAGAUAACCAGAUGGUUUAACUUGCAUUCUUUCUUAUGUUCUUUUUUCUGUUU